GUGUGUGUGUGUGUGUGUGUGUGUGUGUGUGUAGCUUAAUUGGUUAGAGAGUGCAUUUAGAGGAAUACAACAUCCGGGACCUUGCAGGGUUGUAGGUCCAAGUCACAGUGAUCCAUGGCAUAAUUUCCUUAAGCAAGAAACUUAGACACAAUAGCUUCUCUUGACUCAGGAGUAUAAGUGAAUAGCUGGUCAUUGACUUGGGUGAGUAUGAUCACUGGCUUGGCAGUAACAUCAUGCAAGUAACAUUAUGCAGCAGGCUGGUACUUGUUGUCGUUGGUGUCCAGUCCCUGUCCUGUGCAAUAUUUAGUGCCGUGUGACUCCAGCCAAUCUCCUGGUGGAUUGUAGCACUGGCCCUAACCCUCCACGUAUCGUAUGGAGGGCCCUGUCUGUAGAGGCAGGUGAGGGAGUGUUUAUUUGUACGUGAAUGAAUGGCAUGUGUUUGGGUGUAAUGGGUGUAAUGGGUGAGAGGUCCCUGCUUGUUGAUGGAUGGGUGUGUUGGUACGUGGGAGAUUGAUUUACUGGGUUGGUGUAUGGGAUGGCGGACAAGUUGAUCAGAUGUGUUGUUUAGUGUGUGGGUGAGUUUGUUUGUUUGUUUGUGUAUUAUAAUAUGUUGUGUUUGUGUGUGUGUGUGUGUGUGUGUGUGUGUGUGUGUGUGUGUGUGUGUGUGUGUGGUGGGAGGUGUGAGUAGGAGCAUUUGUGGGUGGUUACAUGAGCCGGUUUGUGAGUUUUUGGGUUGUCACUAUUUCAUGGGUCAGUAGGUGAGCAGUGUAUGAUUUGAUGGGGUGGUGGGUGAUGAGUCAUACAGAAGGUCAAACGAUGGGUCGGCGAGUUGGUGACUGGAUCAUUGUGUGUGUUUGUGGGUUGGUCAGUGUGUGCUUUCUUGGUAUGACUUAGCAAAUAUAUCAAGAUCUACUUGGAUAGAGAGAGCAUUACUAUGCCUUCCUGUAGUCUAGUCAAUUGUCAUAUGGCAAUAUUGAUUUACAGACUGUUGUGUGCUGUGACUGUCUCAGAAGUUCAAACUCUUUAGUGAUCUGAAGAGACACAAAUGCAUUGCUGAAAGACAAAACCCUGUACAUCAGUAAACUGGAGCCAUUGAAUGCCAUACCUGUAAGAGAUAUUUUAGAAUCAAAGGAGGCUAUUCAAUACACAAACACAUAGAAGACCUUUAUGUUACUUUGUCUUUGUCAUCACUGAAGGGGUAGCGUGUCUGUUUAGACGGAAGCAAUAGAUGAUGAGGAGGAGUGUGUGUGUGUGUGUGUAGUGCUGUAGCUCAAUUAGUUAUAAUAAUGUAGCUCAGUCACAAUAAUGACGAGCUAUGGCAUAAAGACACUUACACACAAUUGCCUCUCUUGACUCAGGAGUAUAAAUGAGUACCUGGUCAUUGACUUUGGGUUGACAAGACCGCUGACUUGGCAGUAACAUCAGGCGGAGGGUAUUGGCCUUGAUGUCCAGCCCCAUAGCUGCGCCAAAGUCAGUACCAUGACUUUGGCAAGCUCCCUGUGAAUUGUCAGCACUGGCCCUAAGCCUCCACUUAGCGCAUGGAGGUCCUGUCUCUAGAGGCAGAGGGAUGACUGACCUUAAUUAAGGUUGACUUUGAACGAUGUUCACGUCUUAACAAAUAUCAGUGUGUGUGUGUGUGUGUGUGUGUGUGUGUGUGUGUGUGUGUGUGUGUGUGUGUGUAAUUUUAUUAAUUUGCUUUUUUUAUAUUUAGGACAAGAGCUUAUCUGCAUCCUCCUGGCCUGUGAACUGUAAGUUAUAAUAGAAACAAUUAUUAAUACAGCUUGAUGAGUAGUCGUGUUUGUAACUUACUGACACUAAACAUAUCACAUUCUUGUAGGCUGCUUUAUGAAUGGGAGGGUUCAACUUAGGCUCACAAGCCAAGCCAUUGUAUUUGUUUAGUCCCAAAACAUUGACGUGAUAAGCUGCAGUCCUUAUCAACAGAUCAAUCCUGCUUGUAGUUACACGUUUGGAACAAGACACAAAAUAUAGUUGAAGCUGUUUGUGCAGCUCAGGCAGCAUUAAAUGGAUGUCUUAUGUGACUGUUGUGCUGUUAACGUAUUGCUUGUCCUUUAAAAAAAUUUUAUGUUUUCUAUGUUUUUCAUUGAAGUGAAACAAGAAUGUAGGAUGGCUGCAUGUAAUGUGUGGUGGAUAAUUUACUGUAUGUUGGUAUUAUCUGUUGGAAUCUUUACGUCUAUUUGUUGUAUCAUCAGCUGCUCCAUCUGAUGAAUGGAAGAUUAUGGAAACAACAACCACAGCACCAGAAGAAGUUGCCCAAGCAGUGGCAUCAGUUGCAGAAAACAUUGGCAAUGAAGGAGGAUCAUUGCAAUCAGGUGCUGUGUCAGUAGUGGUACCUGAAGGUGCAGUUUCUAUUCCUACUACAUUCUCUAUUGCCACAUAUUUGGAUGAACAAGUGAUGCCACCAGUCAAUGAAGAAGAGGUGGUGGUCAGCCCUGUUGUUCAUAUCUCCACAUCACAAUCUUCUCACAAGUUCAACAAACCCGUGCAGCUGUCUCUUCGACCCGAGGUAGCACUGAAACCAAGGGAGCACGAGACCGGAUGGCUUUUGGAGCUGAAGAUGAGUGAGUCGUCAACUGAAGGCAAGCCUUCUGAAUGGCACACUGUGUUGCAACUCAACACCGACACAGAAGUAGUGGUGACACACUCACCAUCCGUUCAUUAUGAUCCAAACACUCAAACACUGUAUGUCAAUCAUUUCAGUUUCUUGGUAUGGCUUGGCAAGGCACUUGGGAUCCGAUCUAUGCGAGACAUACGCUAUGUUCUAUUUGGCCAACAGCUGCAGCUACACAAGUGGAAGAUUGCCGCUCACAUCAUCCAUGGCUCAAUUUCCGCCUACAAUGAAAUAGCUGAAAAGAUGAAAUCAAAGUCUUAUGAAGAGCUAAUAGUUCCUAUCAAGGAUCGCAUUGGUUUGGAAGGUAAAGUGCGCAUGUCAAUUGAAUGUUGUGACCCAUGGCAAAUGGUUUUGGGAAAAGCAGUCACUCACAUUCCAACUAAACGCAUUUGGAAUUGUCGAAAGGAUGCUGCAUGUUAUUAUGAGUUCACAGUACAAGAUAGAGAGAGAAGCUCUGACACGCUACAGUGUACAGUGGUAGCAUCAUUUGAGCAUGACAAACAAGAAAAAUCUGAUGACUCUUGUGAUUCUGUUCCCUUGAUGGUUGCUCAUCCAUUGACUAAACCUCGUAUUAGAGAAAUAACAACAGGUGAUAGGCCUGCACUUGACACAGUACUUGAUGUUGAUGAUGAUAUUUCACAGUAUGCCAAAAUAGUAAGAAGGCACAGUGACAAAUUAGGAGGAUUUUGGCGUGGAUGGGCUGACGUCCCUGUUGAUGUCAUUAGGGAUGUCAGCUAUCUGCUCACCAGCAGUGAAUGCAAACAGCAACUGGCCAAGUCACUUCUAGAUGUUGAAUCUGGUGGAAUACAUCGUGAUGAAAUAGUCCAGUCAAGUGAUGAAGUGUUUACCACACUCGAUUUGUGGAUUAGAAAUCAAGGAGACAAAGCUACGUUAGAUAGACUCUUUCGAUUCAUGCAGACAGUAGACUUGUUUGAAGCUUUGAAAGAGAGAUUGAAUGAACGCUUGAAAUCACAGAAACCCAAAAAAGUGGGCAUUGCUCGCUUUCAUCCUCCUCAACUGUUUCAUGUUGUUAAUGAAAACACAUCGACUUGUUGGCUGGGAUUAGGUUUAGAAAUGGGAUUGAAGAAUGACCAAGUGAUGAGCACUGUAGAAGGCACACAUGCAUACAAACUUCGUGCCAUUUAUGAAAGAAAACGCAGUGAAGUUGGAGAAUACAGAGCGGCUGCUCACUUGGUAACAGCUGUGCAGGCAAUCAAAAAAAUGGGAUCAGUGGAAGAUGAUCUACCAGGAGUGACGGCUGCUCUAGCUGAAUCAUGCUCUUACAGUGGCUUGGAAGCAGAACAGGUAGGACAGGCUAUUGUGGCGGCAGAGGCAUUGUACAAUGAUGACAAAUCUUCGAGACUUGACUCUUUUAGAGAAAGCAGCAGCAAUUUAGAGGGACAAGAGAUUUUAAAUCCAGUCUUUGCACAUGAAGGACAAGUAGACGUACAGCCUUCCUCUUGCUGCUGCCUCUCUUUCCUACGAAGAUGUCGCCAACAAUGAAAAGCUGAAGAAACAUUUGCAAUCAGAGCACAUUACUAAUUAAUGAAACGAGUCGAAGACUGUUGCAGAUGUUUUUGUAGAAUUUGGCAAACUAGCUGAUGUUAUAUUUCUAGCUGUAUGGUUGAUUUGUGCAAUUGCAAGCAAUUCAUUAUUAUUGUAUUCUUAGAUUAUUUUUUCUUUUUUCUUAGUUUGAUAUUUCUAUUUCUGUAUUGCAAGAUAGCAAACAUGUCAGGGCAACAGAGACAA